CAGCCCGUCGGGAGCCCCAGGGCGGGGCGGCGCCGGGCCGCGGCCCCUCGAUGGAAAGCCGCGGGGUUCGCUCCGCCCGCGGGGUCCGGCCCUGGGGAAGGAAGUUGGUAACGGGCCGCGGACAUGCGGCGCGGCGGGGAGGGGGAGGAGGAGGAGGACGGGGAGGAGGACGGCGGCCCCGAGAGCGCGCUGCAGAAGAGCCCCUUCCAGCUGACGGCUGAGGAUGUCUACGACAUCUCCUCCGCGGUGGGCCGGGACCUCCUGCAGCUCAGCGCCGGCACCGAGGCGCCCGCCGCCGCCGCACGGCUGCAGUUCAGCAUCGUGCGGGUGCUGGAGAUGCUGGAGGCGCUGGUGAGCGAAAGCAGCCUGAACGAGGAGCAGCUGAGGAUGGAGCGGGACAGCCUGCGGGACGAGCUGGAGGCGCUGCGGGGGCGCGGGGCGGCGGGGAGCGGCCAGCAGCCCAACUUGGGACCAGAUAAAAUGGUGAUAGACCUCACAGAUCCAAAUCGGCCUCGGUUCACAUUACAGGAGCUGCGAGAAGUGUUGCAGGAACGUAACCAGUUGAAAGCUCAACUUCUCGUGGUGCAAGAGGAGCUGCAGUGCUACAAAAGUGGGAUCAUCUCACAGAGAAAGGAUGAGACUAAAGAACUGGAGAAGGGACCCCACGGCAGCAGAAAGGACAGCAGUGAGAAGACAAUCGUCAAACGGCUGUUCUCUUUUAAACACGGAAAAUGAACAUUCUUGAAAACUUGCCACUUCUGUUCAGAAAUGGCCCCAGCAAAAGCAUCUGAAGGAGCAAGGAGUCAAGAACUGGAGAACAAAGCAUCACUCUUAGUGGUAGAGAAUAAGCAGUCUCAGAACAAUUGUUGUACAAUAUUCUUUCAGAAUAGGCUUUACUUUGCUUUUUUAGCAACCUUUUAACAUAUGUACACUUUUUGCAUUGUUGGAUUCCUUUCAGAUGUUACUUGUGGAAAAAAAAUAAAUGUUUAUAUAUAAAGGUUUUGUUUGUUCUUAUUAAGAGAACCUAUGAUGCAAGUGUACUCCUGUACACUGACCUUGUGUACAUACUGGAGUAAUCAGCUCAAAGUGAUUUUAUAAGAUUAAGAUGUGUUAUUUUUUUUAAAGAUAUGUGACUUCCACGUGCCGUCACAGCUGGGAAAGAAUUCCAGCUGACCCCUCACUGAUAUGACAUGAAAAGUAAUUCCCCAUCUUAUUAUUAACCAAGUGCUUGAAAAAAGCCCCCACAGUGCUUGUGCUCUUUCUUUGCAUUAACUGGGCAUUCA